CUUUUUGCAAGGAGGGAAACUUGCAUUCAAGAGAGGAAGGAUUCUAAGGAAAAAUCAUACACAGUCAUGUACACAAUAAGGAGUGAUGGGCGCGGAUAAUUAUUAAAAUGGGCGGAGUUGUAAUAACCACAACGAAGGUGUGGUUUGUUAAUUAAAAUAGGCGGAGCUUGAAAGGUUUUAAUAAGCAGGAGGCGUGUUUUGUAAUUUUAAUUUAAUUUUUUGGCUUUUUUUUCGGGCGCCAUGUUUAGUGUUUUAGUUGUAGUUCUUGUUCUCCUGUGCCCCUCUCUCGUUUCAAGUGAUGAACAUUCUCACAGAUACACAGACGGUGAAGAGGUGGUUUUAUGGAUGAACACCAUCAGUCCUUAUCACAAUAGACAGGAGACGUAUCGUUAUUUCUCUCUCCCUUUCUGUCGUGGACCAAGACACGAUAUAUCUCAUCAUCAUGAGACUCUGGCUGAAGACCUCCAGGGGAUCGAACUGGAGUAUAGUGGAAUCGAUAUCACCUUUAAAAAUAAUAUAGAGAAGAUGGUUUAUUGUCAAGUGACUGUUAAUGAUGUUGUUUUGAAAGCAUUCACUUACGCCAUAAGGAACCAAUACUCAUAUCAAAUGUAUAUUGAUGACUUGCCUAUAUGGGGUAUUGUUGGUGAGUUCACUCCUGAAGGUGAUGAUGAUAAUAAAAAAGAAAGUGAAGUAUUCAUUUACACACACAAGAAGUUUGAUAUUGGCUAUAAUAAUGAUCAGAUAAUUGAAGUCAAUUUAACGAGUGAAGUGAAGAAGCCUUUAGGAGAAGGUGAUGUCCUUGACUUCAGUUAUGAAGUGAAUUGGAAGAAAUCAACGAUACCUUUCAACAAUAGGUUUGAUAGAUACUUAGACCCAUCCUUCUUCCAACACAGAAUCCAUUGGUUUUCAAUAUUCAAUUCCUUCAUGAUGGUCAUAUUCCUUGUUGGGCUGGUUACUAUGAUACUCUUAAGAACUCUCAGACGAGAUUAUGCUCGAUAUUCUAAAGACCUUGAACCAUCGGAAUUAGAGCGUGAUUUAGGUGAUGAAUACGGUUGGAAGCAGAUCCAUGGAGACGUGUUCAGGCCUCCAUCAUAUCCAGUGAUAUUCACUGGACUAAUAGGAACAGGAUAUCACCUAAUGUCUGUCUCACUGAUAUCAAUAAUACUAGCAGUACUGGGCCACCUCUAUACACAUCGUGGUAGUCUCCUCAGUACUGCUAUAUUUGUAUACGCUAUCACUAGUCCAAUAUGUGGAUUCACUGGUGGCUCACUGUACUCUAGAUUUGGAGGUAAGACUGACCACACAACACCCCCAACACAUUCGUAUUGGACUAGUUUUGGAUCAAGUGCCUCAAUUUCUGUUUAUAUUCUGUGUUACUCCGUCUACUACUUCUUCUUUAAAACAAAGAUGUACGGCCUCUUCCAGACAACCUUUUAUUUCUCUUAUUCGACUCUAAGCAGCUUAUCAAUCGGAAUAAUAUGUGGCACUGCUGGGUAUGUUGGUGCAAGCUAUUUUGUAUGGAAAAUAUAUUCAACUGUGAAGAUUGACUGAGAGAUAGAGAAGAGGAACAUGUACUUGUACAUUUAUACAUGUACAUGUACGAUAUUGUUGACGAUUGACUGGCACAUUUUACACAUGAUUCUAAUUGUAAGCAUUAUUAUUAAAAUA